CUCCAGGAAGAGGAAUUAUGGACAGCUAUGGGCUCACCUAAUGAGGAACCAGAUCAUGAUUGCAUUACAAUGAUGGAAGCUGAAGUGGGAACAGCACCAUCAAUACAAGAUACUCCUUUGCAAAACCCACAUUGGACACUGUUUGUGGACGGGUCAAGGUAUGCCGAUGACAAAGGGAAAUUCCAUACAGGCAUGGCAGUCACUAGUGAGUAUGAAGUGCUGUGUGCAAGGCAAUUGCGCCCAGACCAGUCAGCACAAGAGGCUGAACUCAUAGCUCUUACUGAGGCCUGCCUCAUAGCGAAAGACUCCACUGCCAACAUCUACACAGACUCCAGAUAUGCCUUUGGAGUAGUUCAUGAUUUUGGAGUAAUAUGGAAGGCCAGAGAUUACAUUACAGCCGCAGGAACUCCAAUUAAACAUGCUUUAGCAGUAGAGGCUUUAAUGGCUGCAGUACUCCUGCCCACCAAAGUGGCAGUAAUCAAAGUAAAGGCGCAUACCCGUGCUGACACACCAGAAGCCAAAGGAAAUGCCUUGGCUGACCAAGCAGCCAAACAGGCAGCAAUGGAAGAAGAAGGAGCACAGCCAGAUAAAAUCAUGCUGGCACAAAAGGAUCACAAACAACAAGAAGUAUCAUGGGAUCUACUGAAACAGAUGCAGAAGCAAGCCACUCGCUCAGAAAAGGAAACCUGGAUGAAAGAGUCAGCCCUUGAAGAAGAAUCCGGACUUUGGACACAAGGGAAGAAAGUGUGCUUGCCUAGAGCGCUCUAUCCUAUAAUUGCCUCUGUGGCCCAUGACCCACUCAUCAAUCUAAGACAAUAAUGAAAGAGCUCAUCGAUAAAAUAUGGGUAGCCCCAGGAAUCACCCCUGUUCUGGUGAAAUAUGUCCAGUCAUGUCUAAUCUGUGCCCAAUGCAAUCCCGGUAGGACUGAGCCUACGCCCAAAA